GUAACUAAGGAGAUCGUUGUCGUCUCCAUUAGCUUGAAGCUGGUCAGGAAUGAUCUUAGUUAGAUCUUCUGCAGCUAAAAUAUGCACCUGAAAUAUGUUAAGACGCUUCUACCCCCUCAGGAGGCACUUGCCCGAGUGACAUGUCUGGCCUGGGCACCAAACAACAGCAAGUUUGCCGUCUGCACUAUAGACAGAGUGGUGCUAUUAUACGAUGAGCAGGGGGAGAGGAGAGAUAAGUUCUCCACAAAGCCCAUAGACCCCAAGUAUGGAAAGCAGAGCUACGCUGUCAAGGACAUGGUGUUCUCCCCCGACUCCACAAAAAUUGCCAUCGGCCAAUCUGACAACAUCAUCUUUGUCUACAGAAUAGGAGAGAAUUGGGGUGACAAGAAAGUCAUUUGCAACAAAUUUGUUCAGACGAGUGCUGUGAUGCGCUUGCUUUGGCCUGCUGAGAAUACUAUUGUCUUUGGAUUAGUUGAAGGCAAGGUUCGCCUUGCUAACACGCAGACUAACAGGUCCUCCACCAUCUACGACACUGAGUCCCUUGUUGUCUCACUGACAUCUAAUGUUUCUGGUAAGGGCAUCCUGUCAGGUCAUGCUGAUGGGACCGUGGUGCGUUACUUCUUUGAUGAUGAAGGCUCAGGGGAGUCUCAGGGUAAGCUGUUGGUACACCCGUGCCCACCCUAUGCUCUGGCCUGGGGUGCCAACAGCAUAAUCGUGGGUGGCUGUGACAAGAAGAUUGUGGCCUAUGGCAGAGAGGGCCAGGUUCUGCAGACCUUUGACUAUAGCCGUGACCGGACAGAAAAGGAGUUCAUGGUGGCUGCCACCAGCCCCACUGGGCAGUCUGUAGUGUUUGGUAGCUAUGACCGGUUGCGGGUGUUUAACUGGGCUCCAAGGAGGGGAGUGUGGGACGAAGCCAAGCCAAAAGAGAUUCCCUACCUAUACACCAUCACUGCUUUGGCCUGGAAGAAAGAUGGCUCCUGCCUUUGUGCUGGAACAGUGUGUGGGGGAGUGGAACAGUUCGAUUGCUGCCUGCGGAAAAAUAUCUACAGGAACAAGUUUGAGAUGACUUACGUUGACCUGAGCCAGGUGAUCGUGAAGAACCUCUCCACAGGGACCCGUGCGGCCCUGAAGUCUCACUGUGGUUAUGAGAUAGAAGAGGUCAAGAUCAUGGGCAAGGACCGCUACCUGGUAGCUCACACCUCUGAUACUCUACUGCUGGGAGACCUGCUGACCAAUAAAGUCAGUGAGGUACCAUGGCCUGGCUCUGGGGGAAACGAAAAGUUCUUCUUUGAAAAUGAAACAGUGUGCAUGAUUUUCAAUGCUGGGGAGCUAAGCCUGGUAGAGUACGCUAACAAUGAGAUCCUGGGCUCAGUCAGGACUGAGUUCAUGAACCCACACCUCAUCAGUGUCCGUCUAAAUGAGAGGAAGCAGAGAGGAGCUGAAGACAACAAGAAGCUUGCAUAUCUGAUUGACAUAAAGACCAUUGCUAUUGUGGACCUGGUAGGAGGCCGCAACCUUGGAACCAUCAGCCAUGAUUCCAAGAUCGACUGGCUGGAGCUGAACGAGACGGGACGCAAACUUCUGUUCAGAGACAAGAAGAUGCGGCUCCAUCUGUACGACAUAGAGAGCUCUGUGAGGACUGCGCUGCUGAGCUUCUGCUCCUAUGUCCAGUGGGUGCCAGGCAGUGAUGUGGUGGUUGCCCAGAACAGAGGGAACCUCUGCAUCUGGUACAGCAUUGACAGCCCUGACACCAUCACCAUGUUCCCACUCAAGGGAGAUGUUGUGGACCUGGAAAGGGCCAAUGGGAAGACAGAUGUGAUUGUGACAGAGGGCAUCAGCACUGUGACGUACACGUUGGACGAAGGCCUCAUCGAGUUUGGUACUGCUGUUGAUGAUGGGGAUUAUUUAAGAGCUAUGGACUUCUUGGAGACUCUGGAGAUGUCACCAGAGACCGAGGCCAUGUGGAGGACUCUCAGCAAGCUGUCUCUGGAGGCGCACCAGCUACACAUCGCCGAAAGAUGUUUUGCUGCCCUGUGUGAUGUCUGCACAGUUCGCUACCUAAGCCAAACAAGCGAUAUUGCUGACAGGGUGUCAAAGGAAACGGGAGAGGAUGGGAUGAACUUCUAUCAAGUCAGAGCCCGUCUGGCCAUAUUGGAUAAGAAUUUUAAACUGGCUGAGAUGUACUACAUGGAGCAGAAUGCCGUGGACGAAGCGAUAGAGAUGUAUCAGGGGCUCCAUAUGUGGGAUGAAUGCAUCGCAGUGGCUGAAGCCAAGGGCCACCCGGAGCUGGACAGCCUGCGUAGGAGCUAUCACCGGUGGUUGAUGGAGACAGGUCAGGAUGAGAAGGCCGGGGAGGUGAGGGAGGCUGAGGGAGAUUUCCAGGGUGCCAUUAACCUCUACCUGAAGGCUGGGCUUCCAGCUAAGGCUGCUCGCCUCGCCAUCAGCCGGCCAGAGGUCACCAACAACAGUGACUCCGUCAGCCGUAUUGCUGCUGCUCUCAUCAAGGGAGAGUUCUACGAGCGGGCAGGAGAUCUGUAUGAGAAGAUAAGAAACAACCAGAGAGCGCUGGAAUGCUACCGCAAAGGAAAUGCCUUCAGGAAAGCGGUGGAGCUGGCACGCAUUGCCUUCCCUGCUGAUGUGGUCAAACUAGAGGAGGCCUGGGGAGACUAUCUAGUCCAGCAGAAACAGAUGGACGCCGCCAUCAACCACUUUAUUGAAGCUGGCUGCUCUAUUAAGGCCAUAGAGGCGGCCGUUGGUGCUCGGCAGUGGAAGAAAGCGGUCCACAUCCUGGAGUUACAGGAGGAUUCAUCAGUAGGAAAAUACUACCUGAAGAUAGCUCAGUACUAUGCCUCCAUACAGGACUAUGAGGCGGCAGAGCAACUGUUUGUGAAGGGAGGUCAUAUUAAAGAUGCCAUAGACAUGUACACAGGAGCUGGACGAUGGGAGGAGGCUCACAAGUUGGCAGUGAAGUGUAUGACGGAGGAGGAAGUGUCAGAUCUGUACAUCAGUCGAGCUCAGGAGCUGGAGAGAGAUGGGAAGUUCAAGGAGGCUGAGAGGCUGUAUAUCACGGUGGAGAAACCCGACUUAGCCAUCACCAUGUAUAAAAAGAACAGGAUGUUUGAGGAUUUUAUCCGCCUGGUGGCCAAGCACCACCCUGACUUGCUGGCUGAGUCCCACCUGCACCUGGCCAAGGAGUUGGAGGCGGAGUCCAGGUUCCCAGAAGCAGAGUACCACUACAUGGAGGCUGGAGAGUGGAAGGCUGCUGUCCACAUGUUCCGAGUCACUGACAUGUGGGAGGAUGCAUACAGGGUGGCUAAGAGCCAUGGUGGUGCAGGUGCCCAGAAGCAGGUCGCCUACCUGUGGGCCAGGAGCCUGGGAGGAGAGGCUGCCGUCAAGCUGCUGAACAAGUUUGGCCUGCUGGAGUACGCCAUCGACUUCGCUUCAGAUCACUGCUCGUUUGACUUUGCCUUUGAGCUGGCCCGCCUUUCAUGCAAACAGAAGAUCCCUGAGAUCCACCUUAAAAAUGCCAUGUACCUGGAAGAUGAGGGCAAGAUUGCUGAGGCCGAGGUCGAGUUCAUCAAAGCAGGAAAGCCCAAAGAAGCUGUCCUGAUGUAUGUUCACAAUCAGGACUGGACCAGCGCUCAGCGGGUGGCUGAGAGCCAUGACCCAGACAGUGUGUGUGACGUUCUGGUCGGCCAAGCAAAGUUCUGCUUUGAACAGAAGGACUUCCAGAAGGCUGAAGCCUUCCUUCUCCGCGCCCAGAGACCUGAACUGGCUGUUAAAUACUACAAGGAUGUGGAGAUGUGGAGUGAUGCCAUGCGCAUCUGUAAGGAGUACAUCCCCAACAAGCUCUCCAUCCUCCAAGAGGAAUAUGAGAAGGAGGCCACCAAGAAGGGCAAUCGAGGUGUGGAGGGCCUUGUGGACCAGGCCAGAGAGUGGGAACAGUCAGGCGAAUACUCCCGGGCUGUGGAAUGUUACCUCAAAGUGAAGGACAUCGCAAACAUAGCCCUUAUGGAAAAGUGCUGGAUGAAGGCAGGAGAAAUAGCCAUCAAGUUCCUCAGUGGUGAGCGAGCAGUGGAGGUAGUCCAGACAGUUGGGCCGCGCCUCACACAGCUUAGGAAGUACAACGUUGCUGCAGAGCUCUACAUGAACCUGGACCUUUAUAAGGAGGCCAUUGACGUUUUCAUUGAGGGCGAAGAGUGGAACAAAGCAAAGAGAGUUGCCAAGGAGAUGGUGCCAAGGUAUGAGGACUAUGUCGACCAGAAAUACAAAGAGCACCUCAAGAGCCAAGGCAAAGUGGAUUCUCUGGUCAGCGUGGAUGUGAUGGAAGCCCUGGACAUGUAUGUAGAGAGAGGCCAGUGGGAGAAAUGUUUGGACACAGCAGCAAAGCAGAACUUCAAGGUUCUUCAUAAGUACGUGGCUCUGUACGCCACUCACCUCAUCAAGGAGGGGGAUCCCCUGAAGGCCCUGCAGCUCUAUGCACAGCAUGGAGCACCAGCCAACCCUCAGAACUUCAACAUCUACAGGCGUCUGUUCCAGGACGUAGUGAACCUGCCAGGGACUGAUGGACCAGGGUCUUACCUCAUGUGGGCCGACCUCCGAAAUGUCCUGCUGCUGCUGUGUGGAAAUUUGUCCAAGUCUGCUGAGGCCAAUUCACCAGCCCACGAAGAGUUUGAACAGAUGCUGCUGAUCAGUCACUACUACGCCACGCGAUCGGCUGCGAAAGGCAUCGACCAGCUGCUGAGCGUGGCCACUAAGCUGUCUGUGUCCCUGCUCCGUCACACUGAGCUGCUUCCAGCCGACAAGGCUUUCUACGAGGCCGGCAUGGACUGCAAGGCAACCGGCAGGGAGAACAUGGCUUUCAUCUUCCUCAACCACUUCCUGGAUCUGUCUGAUGGCAUUGAUGAGGGUAACCUGAACGCUCUGGACCGCUCUGACUUCCAGGAUACUGAUAUUCCCUUUGAGGUUCCGGUUCCCACCAAACUUCAUGUCACAGCCGCCCAGCGGGAGGAGAUCCGUGACUGGGUGCUGACAGUUUCCAUGGACCAGCGGGUGGAGCAGGUUCUGCCCCGUGAUGAAAGAAACUCGUACGAAGCCUCGCUGCUGGCUGCCAGCACCGGCAUCCGCUCCCUGCCCUGCAUCCUCACUGGCUACCCUGUGCUUAAGAAUAAGAUGGAGUUCCAAACCCCGGGCAAGGCAGCCAACAAGGACGACUGGAACAAAUUCCUCAUGGCCACUAAGACCACUCACAGCCCAGAAUGCCAGGACGUCCUCAAGUUUGUCAGCCAGUGGUGUGGCGGUCUGCCGGCCUCCGGUUUCUCAUUCCACUGAGACACACACCACUCAAAUAACUGUGAUGUUGUAUAUACUUUUUAAAUGUUAUGUCAAGUGGUUCCACAUAACUUUUUGUAGGUGUUAAUAAACCAAUUUUAUACUUUGA